CCAACUUGUUGAUACCACAAUCGUCCUCUCUCAACAACACAUGAAAAUGGUUUCUCACAAGUCUCAGGAACGCUUUUUGCUCUACCCUGAUCCAGUUCGCGCGUACGUCUAGAAGUCAAGGGAACUUGUAUAUACUUACAGCUGACGGUAAAAGACCAUCUGUUCCCUAUAGGAACGAAGAAAAGAAUAACCCAAGGCUUCCAGGCUGGUUACUUGUGGUGGUCGCAUUUUUGCAAGUUCCGCAAUCUCACUUUCCAGCUCAAUCUUCCCUGAAACAUCUUCUAAUUAAAGUCAUGUUAUACAAACAGAAUAGAACAGUUGGGGUUUUUCAGACGGCACAUCUGGAGAAAUGCUGGGUUUGCUUCACUGCGAAGAAUCAGAGAACACCUCCACAAAACCGAGCCUCGAUUUGAUCCUACAGUCAUCCCUUUUCGAACGCUCACUCAGCCUCUUGUGUCAGAAAGUGAGGAAGAAUCAGAAGGAGAAAGAGGAAGCGAGGGCCAACAUAACUCACCUGAUGUACCGUCACCAAAAGAUACAGUCCGAUACUCCGUCUCCCACUAUCGAGAGCUCUAUCUUUCUGGUCAAAUCACCCCGUUGGACGUUGCCAGGACCCUUUUACCUCUAAUCCGGCCAGACACAUCACCACCGGGCGUGCAUUCGACAGCAUGGAUAGAGGUCAAAGCGGAAUUAAUCAUGGAUGCUGCCAAAUCAUCGACCUUGAGGUAUAAGGAGAAAAUAUCUCUGGGAGCUCUGGAUGGGAUUCCUGUGGGGAUAAAGGAUGAGUACGAUGUGGAAGGUUAUGAAACAACGCUCGGCUCUGUUAAGAAGGACGUUGUGGAAGAAGGCGGCGCUGCUGACAUCGACAACUGGUGUGUCCAAAUGCUGAAGGAAGCAGGCGCCAUAAUUAUGGGCAAAACCACGAUGGUCGAAUAUGGCAUGGGUAAGAGUCCACUAGCUUUAGAAAGCUCCUUCAAGUUUUGCAAUUUUCUUACGCUAGUGACAGACACCUCUGGUAACAAUCCAUCAUUCGGGACUCCGAGAAAUCCAUACAAUGAGAACUACUACACCGGUGGGAGCUCCUCAGGGUCUGCUUAUGCUGUAUCAUCUGGACUAGUUCCAAUUGCAAUGGGUAGUGAUGCAGGUGGCAGUAUCCGAAUUCCUUCAUCUUUCUGCUCUAUUGUCGGUUUAAAACCAACGCAUGGACGGUUAUCCUACAUGCCAAGUACAAACUACUGCAGCUCAUGUGCAGUCAAGGGCCCAAUUGCAGCAGACGUUAGUUCCCUAGCCGCUGUCUAUGAAGUUGUCAGCCAGCCGCAUCCCACGUCUCCGUAUUAUGGAAGCCACAUCCCCAGAUCCCCAUGGAAAUCUCUUACUGAAAAUACAGAGACACCAAAGAUAAUUGGUGUUCCUGAGGCUUGGGUCCAGCACGCUUCACCUGGCAUACAGAAACUGUACCAAGAAAGCAUUACUCGCUUAGCGGAGAGUGAAAGCUACAAGGUUGUUUCUAUCGAGAUACCGUUUGUCGAGGAGGGACGUAUUGCACAUGCCAUGACGGCCCUCACCGAAGCAUCAGCGGUGCUGGCUGACACCAGGGGAAUCUCACCUGCAAUCCGGAUCAUGAUGGCGUUAGGACGCACGACGCCAGCAAAUGAUCUCCUCUUGUCACAGAAAUUACGGCGUGUACUAAUGCAACAUCUUGCGUGGCUUUGGCAAGAGCAUCCCGGGAUGGUAAUUGUUACACCCACUACGGCAUGUGCAGGCUGGCCUAUUCGUUCCGCCUCGGAGCUAAAAUAUGGCAUCAACGAUGGUAACCGCACCCAGGAAAGCAUGGAAUACGUUUGGAUGGCCAACUUCUGUGGUGUGCCAAGCAUAAGCUUGCCCAUUGGCUAUGUUGUUCCAGAAGGACAGGAUGGCGAGGGAGAGUGUGCCAGCGAAGAUACAUCGGGGAAGAUACCGGUGGGGCUAAUGGCUAUGGGAGAAUGGGCAACCGAGCGAGCACUCAUGAAAUUUGGGCUUGAUGUUGAGGAAGUAUGUGUUGAGUUACAAAGUCGUCCCCCUGGAUGGGUGGAUGUUUUAGAGCUGGCAAAACAUCACACUGAAGUCACAGGCAACGGGCGCCAUAAAUAGAACUUCUAGGAGCAAUAGAUGAUGAUUCGGC